AUGGGUAUUGGCAUAGAGAUCAUAUGGGCAGCUACUGUCAUUGUGCAAUUCAUAAUUGGGAAUUUUGCAAAUGGAUUCAUAGCUCUGGUGAACAUCAUAGACUGGGUGAAGAGAAGAAAAAUCUCUUUACUGGAUCAGAUAAUUACUGCUUUGGCAAUCUCCAGGAUAGAUCUGUUGUGUUCAACAUUCUUCAUUACACUAAUAUCCUUACUUAAUCCAGAUUUUAAAAUGGCUGUGAAAAUCAUCCGAAUAAAUAACAACACCUGGAUUGUUGCAAAUCAUUUCAGCAUCUGGCUUGCUACAUGUCUCAGCAUCUUUUAUUUUCUCAAGAUAGCCAAUUUUUCUAACUAUAUUUUUCUCUACUUAAGAUGGAGAUUUAAAAAAGUGGUUUCCAUGACAUUAAUGCUCUCUCUGAUCUUCCUGCUUUUGAAUAUUUUAGUAAUGAACAUACAUAUUGAUAUCUGGAGUGAUUACUCCAAAGGAAACCUUUCUUUUAGUUUGAGAUCAAAUAGUUGUACUCAAUUUUUCAGACUUGCUGUUUUAAUCAACACAAUGUUCACAUUCAUCCCCUUCACUAUGGCCCUGUUGGCUUUUCUGCUUCUCAUUUUCUCCUUGUGGAGACACCUGAAGAACAUGCAGUCCCAUGCUAAAGAUUCAAAAGACCCCAGCACUACAGCCCAUAUAAAGGCCUUGCACAUGGUGGUAGCCUUUCUCCUGUUCUACACAGUUUUCUUUUCAUCUCUUGCCAUACAAAUGUGGACCUCUGCGUCUGAAGAUAAAAACGUUCUGUUUUAUGCCACUAUUUUAAUUACGUUCCCUUCAGUCCAUUCAUGUAUCCUGAUUCUGAGAAACAGUAAGCUGAGGCAGGCAUCUCUUUUGGUGCUGAAGUGGCUGCUGUGCAAGUCCAAAGAUGUACAGACUUUGAUUCCUUGA